CCUGCACCUAGCGUGUCGGCGCGGCUGGACCAAUCAGGAGCGCUGGCUGCUUGCUGCUCGUCAACACCACACUACUCACCCAUAGUGUCCCACACACAGCCACCCUUCAACAUUUUGUGCUGAAAAUCGGUCAAGAUGUACAACGAAUUUGUGGACGAGUAUGACAACUAUCCUGUGGAAGAUCCUGAGAAUUACCACUACACUGUUAGAGGUGAAGGAGAGUAUGGAGAUCGUAGUAACUACCCAACCUAUUCCAUUCCUGAAGAAGUGAAAAAAUACGUCACUUACUUCAGAGAUGCCAUCCGGGAUGGGAAUGUGUAUGAUAUUCCUCCACUUUAUCUGGACUUCAAUCGUUUGACUGAGGAGUACUACAAGACCCAGACAUGGCCUGAAGUGGAAGAUUUGUAUAGCAACAAGCUAGUAGAACAAGAUGGCCGGGAUGACAUAUUUCUCAUUCUGUAUCGAGAGUUGUACUAUCGCCACAUAUAUGCCAGGGUACAAGGAGGACCUACUAUACCACAACGUUUUGAGUCUUAUUACAACUAUUGUAAUCUCUUCAAUUAUAUCCUGAGUGCUGAAACACCUGUGCCCAUGGAACUUCCCAACCAGUGGCUGUGGGAGAUCAUUGAUGAGUUCAUAUAUCAGUUUCAGUCGUUCUCUCAGUUUAGAUCUAAACUUGGCAAGAAGAGUGAGUCAGAUAUUGAGAUGCUGAAAGAAUCUCCCAAGAUCUGGAAUGUUCACUCUGUACUCAAUGUCCUGCAUUGUUUGGUUGAUAAAUCCAAUAUCAACAGACAACUUGAGGUGUACACUAGUGGUGGAGAUCCUGACAGUGUGGCAGGUGAAUUUGGUCGCCAUCCACUGUACAAGAUGUUGGGUUACUUCUCACUUAUUGGCCUCCUACGGCUUCAUUCUCUGCUUGGGGACUACUAUCAGGCUAUCAAGGUUUUGGAGAACAUUGAAUUGAACAAGAAAUCUAUGUAUUCUCGUGUACCUGCCUGUCAAAUUACAACGUACUAUUAUGUAGGGUUUGCAUACAUGAUGAUGCGUCGCUAUGCUGAUGCUAUUCGCACAUUUUCCAAUAUCUUGGUGUACAUUCAGCGCACCAAGGCUAUGUUCCAAACCAGAAACUACCAGAAUGAUCAGAUCAACAAACAGACUGAACAGAUGUAUACACUCCUAUCCAUUUGCAUGGUGCUUCAUCCACAAAGGAUUGAUGAAGCUGUACAGUCCUCACUGAGAGAGAAAACUCUGGCUGCAAAGAUGGCUUGUAUGUCGCGUGGUGACACUGCAGAGUUCACGCAGUGUUUCACAUUUGCCUGCCCAAAGUUUCUAAGCCCUGUACCUCCACCUUUUGACUCCACACAAGCAAACCCCCACAAAGAGCCCUUACAACAGCAACUAAAGGUAUUUUUGGAUGAAGUGCAGCAGCAGCAGCAAAUCAGCGUGAUGAGGUCAUACCUGAAGCUCUACACUACUAUGCCCAUGGAGAAGAUGGCUGCCUUCCAGGAUCUGAGUGAGGAUGAUUUUCGUAAUGCUCUUCUGUGCUUCAAGCACAAGAUGCGCAACAUGGUGUGGACUAAAGGUACCUCUGGCCUACAAGGAGACUUUCAGAGUGACUCAGAGGUUGAUUUCUUCAUUGAUGGAAAUAUGAUCCACAUCGCAGACACCAAGGUUGCCCAGAGGUAUGGAGAUUUCUUCAUCCGCCAAAUCCACAAAUUGGAGGAAGUGAACCGUUCCCUUGCAAAAGUUAAAGUUUAAGGAAGCAUGUACCAGAAUGGUCUUGAUGUAAUUGAAAUGGAUGGUAAGUUACAUUGUAAAUGGCCGACUGAUAAUUGAUGUUUAUGAUAUUCAUAUUAAACAUUAAAUAAUC